CUGGAUAGGCCUGUUCAAUGAGCCCUGGAAGUGGUCACACCAGGGGGAUAGCUACACAUUUUACAACUGGAGAAACGGGGAACCAAACAAUUGGGGAGGGGUUGAGAAGUGUGUGAUGAGUAAGACUGGUGGAUGGCAUGAUGCUCCCUGCAAUGAUCAGAAGUCUUUCAUCUGCUGUGAGGGCGGCUCCUCUGGUCAGUGUUUCUAUGGAGGAACUGGGAAGACAUGGCAGGAAGCUCAGAGCUACUGCAGAAACCAAGGCAGAGACCUGCCCACCAUUCAAGACCAGGCCAGGGUUAAUGAGCUUAUAGGUCUUAUACCUUCAUUUACUCUAUAUAACUUGUAUUACUGGAUCGGGCUGUAUCAUGACAAAGAGAACUGGCAGUGGUCCAGUGGAGGUGAUGUCAUCUACUCCAACUGGGAACCAUACCUCUUCUGUGCUUCAGUCAAUGUGGAGGGAGAGUGGGAGGAUUCACUCUGCAGUCAGGGAAACUAUUUCAUGUGCUACAGCGAGACCAGCAACAUCACUGAGAGAUACACCCUGAUUGAAGAACUGAAAAACUGGACUGAAGCUCAGCAGUACUGUAGAGAACACCACACCGACCUCGUCAGUAUAAAGAACGCUAGUGAAAAUGAAGAAAUAGUGAAGAAAGCGCAGGGCAAGCCCUUCUGGAUAGGCCUGUUCAAUGAGCCCUGGAAGUGGUCACACCAGGGGGAUAGCUACACAUUUCACAACUGGAGCAAAGGGGAACCAAACAAUUGGGGAGGCAGUGAGAACUGUGUGAUGAUGAGUAACACUGGUGGAUGGAAUGACUAUGGCUGCAACAAUCAGUUGCCUUUCUUCUGCUGUGAGGAUUCAGACCCCACAAGCCCCCCUUCCACUGCGGUCUCUCAAGAAGCAGAAUCCUCGAGCCCCCCUUCCACUCCGGUCUCUCAAGAUUCAGACCCCACAAGCCCCCCUUCCACUGCGGUCUCUCAAGCAGGCAGUCCACUCCCCGAGGAGCUCCACCUGAUCUCUCACAGUAUGGUCUGGCCGGAGGCUUGGCAGUACUGCAAGGAUCGCUACACUGACCUAGUGAGCCUCACAAGCCUGGCUGCACAGAACAGAGUGUCGGAGCUCGUCAGGAACAGCACUGUGUCGCGAUUCUGGAUCGGACUGCACAGAACCGUUGUGUAUGAUAAGUGGUACUGGGUUGCUGGUAAGGAUAAGAAGGCCCAUCUAAACUACACUAACUGGGCCCCCGGGGAGCCCAACAAUCCUUACUAUGAGCACUGUGGGGAGAUGGUGCUGCGGGAGGAUGGGGGGGCUGAGUGGAAUGAUCUGUGCUGCUAUGAACAGCUCCCCUUUAUCUGUUUCAAAGAUUAAAAACAUCCUGAAAAGCUUUUACAGCAGUGGCUCUCAAACUAUCUCCAGCUGGGACCCCUUUAAAGGCACUUUAGUCUGGAAAAAAAACAUUUACUGAAAAAAUUAUAGAAAUACCUCAAUCUAAAUUGUGUGAACAUGGAAUGUGUGAAUAAUAAAGCAGAAUGAAAUCUAUCUGACAGAGUUUGCAAUGCCAUGUCUGCUCUCUAUAAAGAGCUGCUGCAAUGCACUGCAGUCAUCGCGGAUGGAAGGUCUGCUUGAAAUGUGGUUGUUAAAAACCUUUCUGUGACCCCCAGGGGGUCCCAACCCCCAGUCUGAGAACCACUGUCUCCACAGAACCCAGAGCUUUACUAUAGAGUAGUGCAGCAAAAUACUACACAUUCCUAUCAAAGAGAAUCCUCUGUAGCAAUCUUUAAUGAUCUACAUCACUGUGAUAUUCCAUUCUGUACUUGUUUAAUAACCUAUUGUGUGUGUGUGUUCUGUACAAGGCUCGCCAUAAACGUACAUUUGAUAGCAUUUUGCUACCAAAACUCUUAAUUUGCUACUAGUUUUUUCUGCAGUAGCAUUUUUCUGAUCCCUUACGCUGCAGUUUAUAUGACCGACCCUGAGUGAACAGGAAUAUUAUUCUGCAGCAAACAGAUUCCUAGGAUCCCUGCUUAUCACUAAAAUAUUCAAAUAAAAAUCUCAUCUGGUCAGUUUUAAAGAAGCGUAAUGUGAGGAAAUGGCCGUUCGCCAGCUGUUUUGAGUUUUGACGUUUUCAUACUGUUUUGUUGUCUAAAAUUUGUAAUACCAAAAGUUCAUGGUGAACCACGCCGAUGAAUAAAUGAAUAGUUUAAGUA